AUGGCCGUGGUACCCGUAGUACCUGCAACGGGAGUGGAUGACAAGGAGGUCAUUGAGAUUUACAAGGCUGCCGGCUUUGGCCCUUCCGAAUUGCAAGCCUUGGGAUUUCCCCUGAGAACCCUGCGCCAUGCCGGAUUCACGCCUCAGGAGAUACAGCCUUUGGGCGAUGCCCAUGCCUUAGCCACCGCCGGUUUCACUGCCCUGGAACUGCACAAGCUGGGAUUCAGUCCAGAGAUCUUGCGUCGCGCGGGAUUUGAAGCCAAGGAUUUGUGGACACUGGACCUAUCCUUGAGGCAGCUGCGAGAUUUGGGAUGCAGCUUGGCGGAGUUGCGACGAGCGGCCGCCGAGCUGGAAAAACCCUUGAUGAUGUCAACCUUGAGGCAGUUGGGCUUCAGCUACCAGGAUAUGCGUGAUGCGGGCUGCUCCGCUGGCGAGCUGUGGCAGGCAGCGUGCCCCUUGCAGACCUUGAGAUUUCUGGGCUUCACUGUGAAGGACCUUCGCACCUCAGGCUUUGAUUUGCACCAGAUCAGAGAUGCCGGCUUUGGAAAGAUGGAAAUGAUUUACGCUGGCUACUCCAAGGAUGACGUCCUAGCUGCGUUCAGUUACAUGAAUCCCUAUAUCAACCAACGCUUGGAUAUUCUGCUGUUGCUGCGGAUGUUUGGCCUCGCGGCCCUGGCCAGGACGUUGUGCACCUCCACCAAAGCCUUGACAGCGCAGUUCGAGCACACCAUUCUCAUCACCGAGGAUGGGCACGAGGCGGGGACUUCCCGCUUCUUCGGCAGCUUUCGAAUCAAAACGGAUAAGAUAUGA